AUGGUCGUGGAUACAAAUGGAACUUUCAACCACAGCAACAUGAGAUCUUACGCGACAGAGAGAGCGGAAGAGCCUGGCGCAACUAACAUGAUUUCGGAGGCGCUCGUUCCACACUUGCUGAAGAUUGUGCAAGAGGCGGCGGAGGCGGUGUCCCCCACUUCGCAGUCUUCAACUCUGCUGAUGGAGAAUGGCACCAGGUGCGGGGAACAAAUUCGGAACUACGACAAGGUGGAGAAAGUAUUUAUUGGUGCGAUCCUCACCGCGCUCACGCUGUUUACUAUCUGCGGGAACUUGCUGGUGGUGAUUUCGGUGUGCUUCGUGAAAAAGUUGCGGCAGCCGUCUAACUAUCUGAUCGUGUCUCUGGCGGUUGCCGACCUUUCAAUUGCGCUGGCAGUUAUGCCGUUUGUCAGUAUAACGGACCUUAUUGGGGGGCAAUGGGUUUUUGGCCAAGUCUUCUGUAAUGUUUUUAUUGCCAUGGACGUGAUGUGUUGCACUGCAUCCAUAAUGACGCUGUGCGUAAUUAGCAUAGACAGGUACCUGGGCAUAACCAAGCCUCUGACCUACCCUAUGAGGCAGAAUGGCUGUUGCAUGGCCAAGAUGGUGCUGUCCGUGUGGCUCCUCUCCGCCUCCAUCACCCUGCCCCCCCUCUUCGGCUGGGCCCAGAACGUAAACGACAACAAAGUGUGUCUGAUCAGCCAGGACUUUGGUUACACCAUCUACUCCACCUCAGUGGCGUUCUACAUCCCCGUAUCCGUCAUGCUCAUUAUGUACUACCGCAUCUACCGCGCCGCCAAGCUCAGCGCCGCCAAGCACACCAUCACGGGCUUCCCGCGGGAGGAGGAGGACAGCGUGGACUGUGUGUCGGCCACUCUGAGGCUCCACAGGGAGGUGGAGGGGUGCACGCGAUUCUCCCGGCUCAUGAGGAGCAACCGGAGGAACAUGUCCAUCUUCAAGCGGGAGCAGAAGGCAGCAGCCACACUGGGGAUCGUGGUCGGGGCCUUCAGUGUCUGCUGGAUGCCUUUCUUCUUACUGUCCACGGCCAGACCCUUCAUCUGCAGGCCGGACUGCCCUAGCUGUGUGCCCUUGUGGGUGGAGAGGACCCUGUUGUGGCUGGGCUAUGCCAACUCCCUCCUCAACCCUUUCAUCUACGCCUUCUUCAACAGGGACCUGAGGACCACCUACAGCAACCUGCUGCGUUGUCGUUAUCGCAACAUCAACCGCAAGCUGUCCGCCGUCGGGAUGCAACAAGCCCUCAAACUGGUUGAAAAGACUCACUCUGUUAUCUAA